GUUACCAGGCGUCCGCCAUUCCUGAGGAGAGGAGCAGAGCGACGGAGCGGCAGAAGCAGCGGGAGCCAUGAGGGCGAUGGUGGCGAGAAGGCUGGUGCUGGCCUUGGGCGCCUGGCUCUGCUGUGCGAGCGGCGCCUCGGCCGCGGCUGGCUUUAUAAAGUCACCGCUGUCUCAAAAGAAAUUGACCGAGGACAGUGUGGAGCUGUACUGCGAGGCCGUCGGCAACCCCAUUCCAGAGAUCCAGUGGUGGUUUGAAGGGGCCGAGCCCAACGAGACGGCCGUCCAACUCUGGGACGGGGCCUGGCAGGACCGGGUCAAAAUCAACGCCACUUACAAGCAGCAUUCCACCAGUACCAUCUCUGUCGCCAACCUCACGCUCAACGACUCUGGCACGUUCGAGUGCCGGGCAAGCAACGACCCCGAUCGCAACCACUUGUCGAAGAGCCCCAAAAUCAAGUGGAUCCGUUCCCAGGCGAACGUGAUUGUCAUUGAGCAGGCUCAUAUUUCAGCCACUCCGGAGGUAACUGAAGGCUCAGAUGUGCUCAUUUACUGCAAUAUAAGUGAACCACCAACAUCUAUCAAAGACCGCUAUUGGAUGAAGGAGGGGAUGAAGCUUGAUUCGAAUGGGAACUCUUCGGAGUCUACCUCAUACAUGAUCCCAAAAGUGGAUCAUGAAACCUCGGGGGAAUACCACUGCAUCUUUGAGACAGAUCCCAUCUCAAAAAGCAUUGUCUAUGUGAAAGUUAAACCCCACGUCAUGGCCUAUAAGAAGUCAGAGCACGGGAACGAGGGGGACACAGCGGUGCUGACCUGCAAGGCUCAUUCAUACCCGCCAGUCAACCUUUGGACCUGGUUCAAGAUGGUUGAUGGUGCGCCCCAGCCCAUCGUCAAUGGCUCAGAGGACCGAUUCUUUAUCAAAACAACAGAGAACCGGACUGACCUGCGCAUCGUCUCCUUGGAUAUCGAGAAGGACCCGGGCGAGUACAUGUGCAACGCCACCAACGAGCUGGGCGGAGACCACGCUGUGGUGGGCCUGCGGGUGCGCAGCCGCCUAGCUGCCCUGUGGCCCUUCCUUGGGAUUGUGGCCGAGGUGCUGGUCCUCGUGACCAUUAUUUUCAUCUACGAGAAGCGAAGAAAGCCCAACGAGGUCCCUGACGAUGACGAUGGAGGCUCUGCACCACUGAAAAGCAAUGCCACCAACCAUAAGGACAAGAAUGUGCGCCAGAGGAACGCAAACUAAGCAGAAAGUGAGGUGACAUGCCAGCUAAGCAGCUGGCUUAGAUGUCUCUCCGGCUUACCUUGUGCUGUAGCACUGAGACUAUUCUAGCGCACCCUCACGAGGAACAGAAGACUUCACAUUUUCAGAGAAACGUUUAAAGUCUGUAGAGUAAAACUUUUUUUAAAGGAAAACACUGCGAGGCAUUUCUUUUAUUUUGACCUCAUGAGGUUUCUUGUAUAGACAGAUGAGCUAAGCCCUUCUCUUGUCCCUCUUCAAGUGGAUGGCUUCAUUCCCUGCUGACAGAAUAAACAGAAAAGGUGGGCUUAUCUAACCUUUAGAACCACCUUCUAGUGUAGUGAAGGCUGUAGCCAAGACUGGCAGGAGAUGGGAAGUUAAGCACAAAAAGCGCAUCCCUCUCCUUUCUAUUUUUUUCUUUUAAGUCAGAUGGUACUAGAAUAUGGUCAGGGGCUCUCCACACAUUUCCUUUGCUCUUUGAAGGCUCUUUGUAUUAAUGUGCCCACCAUUUUGAUCUCUGCCUUCUAAUCCUUUGCUCUUCUGGGAAGCUGGGCUCCUGGGCGUCAUUCCUCUCCUUUGGCCACCCUGCUUCUUUCUCACUCGAAAGGAUUCUGCCAUAACUGCCCAAAAAACAAAACCCUGCAGGCAUGGCACCAUUGUUUCUGUGCCACCGCCAUUUUUGUUUGUCCCCAAAUGCUUCAAGGCCUGGGUGCUACUGCAGGGUUGCUUUUGAAACGGGGCUGAAGAUCCAAAAGGAGGACCAGAGCUGUGAGGUGUAAGACCGUCCCCUUUUGUCACUUUUCUGAACCCGAGAAGGGAGAGAAGGGUCCUGUGGCCCCAAAUUGGCCACCUUUCUUCCACUCACUCUUGAAAUAGUUCACCUGUUUUGAACAAGCUGAUUGUUUCCAAAUAAAGUAAGACUCUUUUGUCUCUUUA